AGGAGAAGGAUGAGAAGAAGGAGAAGGAUGAGAAGAAGGAUGAGAAGAAGGAGAAGGAGGAGAAGGAGAAGGAUGAGAAGAAGGAGAAUGAUGAGAAGAAGGAUGAGAAGAAGGAGAAGGAUGAGAAGAAGGAGAAGGAGAAGGAUGAGAAGAAGGAGAAGGAUGAGAAGAAGGAGAAGGAUGAGAAGAAGGAGAAGGAUGAGAAGAAGGACAGUUCUGUGACAGUUUCUGUCUAUUUCUGACAGUUCUGUGACAGUUCUGGGACAUUCACUCCAUACAGCGGUUGAAACAUUGUAUCUAUUUGUUUCCAUAAA